UCUGAUUGGUUCUUGUUGGUCGUGACCUGGCAACCGUGUGGCAGCUCGCGGACGCUCUCCCGUCCUCCCUGCGCUUUAUCUAUUUCCGUCAAACCCUUAAACAUUGCAUUGUUUACGGGCCAAUUUGCGGUAUUUCUCAGUACGCGCUGUUUGUAGGAGACUCGGGAAGAUGUCGACGCGAACUCUGCCUCUUGUGUUCAUUAAUCUCGGAGGGGAAAUGCUGUACAUCUUGGACCAGCGCCUGCGCGCUCAGAAUAUCCCAACCGACAAAGCUAAGAAAGCCACUGUAGCAGGAUGGAUAGAGGAGGACAGAAAAAGAGUGAUGAAUGACAUAAUCACCACGAUGUUCAACAAGAAAUUCUUAGAGGAGCUGUUCAAGCCACAAGAGCUGUACUCCAAGAAGGCUUUGAGGACGGUCUUUGAUCGACUUGCCCAUGCCUCUAUUAUGAGACUUAACCAAGCCAGUAUGGACAAGCUUUAUGACUUGAUGACUAUGGCAUUUAAAUAUCAAGUCCUUUUAUGCCCUCGUCCUAAAGAUAUUCUUCUUGUGACCUUCAAUCACAUGGAUGCAAUAAAGGAAUUUGUGCGGGAUACCCCCAGCAUUCUCAGCCAAGUGGAUGAAACAUACACUCAACUCAUAGAGAUAUAUACUCCUUUAUCUUGUGGGGAAUUUCAACUAAUUAGACAAACAUUGCUAAUCUUUUUUCAGGAUAUGCAUAUACGAGUAUCCAUAUUUCUGAAAGACAAAGUGCAAAACUCCAAUGGACGCUUUGUACUUCCUACAUCAGGACCUGUUCCAUAUGGCACACACUCUCCAGGACUUAUACGAAUGUUAAGCUGUAAUGGUGAGGAGGUGAAGAGGUUGCAGUUUCAUGAUGGGGGAAACUAUACAGCUGCUCUCCGUGAGGGUUCUUUUGAGCUGUUUGGUGACCGAGUUAUCAAACUAGGCACAAACAUGUACAGUGUAAGUCGCCCAGUGGAGACACACAUGUCUGGAACGUCCAAAAUUUCUUCACAACAUACAAAGGUCAACACAAUACCAAACCCACUGGCAAAAGAAGAGCUGAAUCUACUUGCUAAGCUGAUGGGAGGUUUGGAGGUUCGAAAACCAAGCAACACUGACUCUGGUUUCCGUGUCAACCUCUUUGCUACAGAUGAGGAGGAAGAGGAAGCUUUGAUCUCAAGACCAGCAGAGCUCUCUUAUGGAGUUAUAAAUAUCCAAGCAACCAAGGACAAUCUGGCCAAUGCAGAAUUGGCAAAGAUCAUGGGGGAGUUCACUGAGUCAGACGAGCCAGUUCCAAGCUCCAGCAGCAAAGGUGAUGACCUUUUGGCUAUGAUGGAUGGCCUCUGAUAUGCAGUGGAUAUGUGCUUGGCUUCUGUAAAGCAGUCUAGGUUGUGCAUGGUGUGUUUCAGUGUCUCACGCAGAGAGCUCAGAGAGUGGCCAUCUCCCAAAACAACAACAACUAGGAGCUGAUAUGUGUUUGUACUGCUAGAGUCGAUCAUUGUCAGAUACCAUCCAUCUUGUUUGGGUUCAGCCGAUGUUGAGGAUUUUUAAAGUCUGAGCAGUUGCUGUGAACUUAAUGUAAAUUCUAAACCUUGGUGACUUCACUGGACAACCCACUUGUCCCAUCAACAAAUGCUAUUUAUGGACAUUGACUCCAUGAAAAUAUAAAUUACAAUACAAGCAAGGUAUUGCCAGCUUAUAAAAUAAGAAUGAAGUUACAAUGGAUCCUGACAACAUCAUAACAAUAACAACAAAGCACCAAAGCAGCAACAGCUAACAAAACUACACAAACUAUACAAAUCUUUACAGCUUACAUUAACUGUAGAAUGAUUAUUGAUUACACCAUACAUAGCUUUGCCAGCUACUGGCUGUAAAUAACCAAACUUUAAAAGGAACAAAAACACUUCUAAGAAAAGCAAAGUACUGUGGAGGUACUCUGUGAUCUGAAGUAGUCUUGAGUGUUGCCUUUCUCAAAAUAAUACUGACAUCACUUUUUAAUUAAGAUUUACACUUUGUAUAACUGUGUUUUACCAAUUUGUAUUUCCAUAGCAACUCCUUAUAGAAGCUUUACUAUGCAUGUACACUACAUUUUCUUUAAUUUUCAAUCCUACACCUGUCAUAACCUUGCUGCAUUAUAAUGAGACUCUGUUAUGUGUUUUGCUUAGAUAAGCUUAAGAAAACACCAUAGGAUAUAAUGCUAAUACAAUGCGGUGGCUGUGUAUUGCAUUUAGUAAUUAAACAUCAAUAUAUAGUCCAACAAUUUGAUAGAAAUGCAAGGAAUCCUGUCAAAACUAAGGUGUGUAAGUCUAUGUCAAGUCUCCAUAUGGGAAUCUGAUGUUUACACCUGUUGCACAAUCCGAGAACAGACAGAAUAAAGCGUGCACAUUUUGCUGUUUGAGCAUAUGUGUACUUGCAUAAAUGUGGAUCAUGUUGAUCAUUUUUAGCUUGGCUGAAUGCCUGGCAGCUUGGUGUACCCCAAAUUAAAAUCUGAAUGAUUUGUAUAGACAAAAUCAGUUAGUUUAGCUUUCUCUAAAAUAAUAGCUUGUUGUUUUUUUUUUAUUCUAUGGUCCUGCCUUUUCACACUUUGAUCAACCACACACACACA